UAAAUUGUACGGCAGCGAAUAAGUAUUUAUCUUCUGGUUGUUCUCACAGCUUCUGAAACACUUUCCCUUCCUUACUCGAGAGAUGAAAUAUCAAGAUACCGGUUUGGUACCGCCAUUGUGAAGUGUAGUAGCGUUACACCACUACUAAAAACAGGGAUGUUAAAAUCACACUGUUACAAUCCAACAGGGUCAGGAGUAUUUAAAAUAUCUUUAAUUGUAGAGAUGUGCCUUUAAACAGGGGAAAAUGUGCCUUUAAAGAGCCAGGCUUUCACUCAAAUGUUUUGUCAGGUUUUCCGUUUUUUGUAGUCAAAUUGGUGGAUAUGUUGCUCUUCAUGUUUACUUUUGCGAAGCAUUUUAAAUGUGUAUAUAUCUGCAAAGAAAAAGGAUUAUGCAAGUGAGGACAGCCGAAAGGAUGAAAGUGAAGCAUUUUACCAUAGUUUGUUAUGACACAACCACCUGAAAGAAGAAACUGUAUUUGUAUUUGCUAUAUGCCUGGAUGGUCCUGAUGUAGUGUUGUUUAGUACAUAAAUAGGAGUGAUUCAGUGCCUUUGGUGAAGUGGUGAGACUUUGUGUUCUUUAUUAUUUACUAUGGAAAAUUAAUAGAGUUUUAUUCUUUUCACUCUCUGUGCGUUACCAUCUGGCAGACAAAUUUACAAAACAAAUCCAUGGAGUAUCAGUAAGUUGAAGUAGAAGGAUGCUCCGUUGCACUCGUGUGUGUUUUUUUGUGGGAUUUUUUUUUUGUAGUUGUCAUUAGAGACUUAGAAAUAAAUACAUACCCAAAUUAAAAUACUGGAUUCAGCCUAGAAGCUUCUAACAACCGUCAUGUCUCAUAUAGCUUCUGGGAAAAAUAAAAUACUUCUAAGUAGACAUCAAACUCAUGACCAAACCUAUGUUUCUUUAAUUCACUUGCAACCAUACAGGAUUCAAAAGGUUAAGCAGGUGGUUAAUUCCAGUAAUUGUUAUGUAUCUCUGUGUGUUGUUGACAUGCGAUUAUUCCAAACAGACAGGAGUUGAACCAUUCUCUGAAUUGGAAAGAUGACAUUUCGUCUGAUGUCGUGGAGAAUUCCUGUAAAUAAAACUGAGGUGGCAAAGCUGGCAGCUGCUUCUGCUCUGCCCUUUGCCUGGAUCACUGUAUAUGCAGCUGCAGAAAAGGAAUCAAAAGUUCAGCUGGUGAACCCACAUCAGCUUCCUAUUUAUUGUCCACCACCUCUGAAAUCAAAAUACAUUGAAGAACAGCCCGGUCACUUACAGAAGCAGCUUUCUUCAGUAAGACAGACAACCGGCCGCUAUAUUGGAUGGUGCAAGGAUGCUUUUGUCUUUGUUAGAAAUGGAAUAAUGGAUACAAUUCAGUUUGGAAAAGAUGCUUAUGUUUACCUGAAGAAUCCACCACCAGAAUUUCUUCCCAAAGUUGGUGUGAUUACAAUAUCAGGCUUAGCUGGCAUCGUGCUGGCAAGAAAAGGCUCUAGAUUCAAGAAAAUUGUGUAUCCGUUGGGACUUACAACUUUAGGAAUUUCUGUUUGUUACCCAGCUCAGUCAGUGGUCGUUGCUAAGGUGACGGGGAAAAAGUUAUUUUCUGCAAGCCAUCAGACCUUUGAAGCUGUGCGAUCACUAUGGGCAAAAAAGGAAGAUGUCACCAAGCUGCCACAGGAGUCAAAAUCAGUUGCCCAAGAAGAUAAGAAAAACAAAGACAUUUCUAGUACAAAACCCGAGUCUGCUAUUGAGUCAAGAUCAUUCAACAGAACAGAAUUUUCUCCAGUAGAGUCUUGGAGUAAUAAAGAUCCAGUGCCUUCAUCAGGAAGAGUGAAGACACCAAAGUUUAAGCCUGAUCCAAAGCUUAUGGACCAUGGUCAGUCCAGCCCAGAAGAUGUGGACAUGUACAGUACUAGAAGUUAAGACAAAUCUGCUUACAAGUCUUUGCAAAGUGUUACAGAUAAGGGAGAGGGAAGAAGGGAAGGAGUAAUCCUUACAAUACAUACUCUGCAGUAUAAUUUAAUCAGGUAUUUUCUUAUAUCCCAAUUUGUAGUAUUGAACAUCAUAAUUCUGUUUAGUGAAUAGUUUGUUUCUCAUUACUUUUAAACAGUGAGGAUUCACUUGUUGUUGGUGUCAUUGGUGAGACACUGAGAAAAUGAAAUUUGUCAAUGUCUUCUCACAAUGAGGUUUCUCUGUGCCAAGCUUGUUAAUGUCACUUCAAAAGGAUAUUUGAAAAUGUAAACAUAGCUCCAUAGGGCUCAGAUGUUCAUUGAUCUAAAAGAAGAAUGUGAUGGGUGGGGUUUGCAGAGCCUUCUUUGUCUUUUUUCUUUCAGAUCUGGACUGAAGUGUAACAUCUUGUUAGUCUGAGUACCCUUAAAAGUUGGUUGUUGUAUGUUACAAAUAACAUUAUCUUUAACACUUGUAUAAACAAGUCACCUUUUUUUUCAUUGCAAAAUCCUUUGUUGUUGUUUGCCUCUUUCACAAAGGUGAAUGGAAACAACUUCUUGUCCUGCGUGCUUCUUGUGAAUUUAAAUUUCACUUAAGUUGGGAAAAACACACAAUCAAUCUCUAAAACAUCCUUUAUAGCCUGUGCAUUAGUUUUCACAUACUUCUACUACUUUGAGGAGUUGUAUGCAAAUUGCUUAAUCCAGGAAACGGAUACUGUUUCACUUUAUAUAGAAUGCAUUAGCAGUGUUGAGGAAGUUGGAAACCUCCCGUAGUUUUGAGGUUUAAAGUGCUGACAAAUAUUAAAAAUGCAGAAGUAAUAGGCAGCCAACUUUUUUUCCCAGAAGUUUGUAUGCAAUACCCAUUGAUCUUGGUAGGAUUUCUGUGAAAUUCUGUCUCUUUCCAUAUGAAUGACAUGAGAAAUUCAUUAAGUUUUGUAGGAUGAAACUUUCAAACUGUUUUUAUCAUUGUGUAUUUCUCUCCACUUCUGUUCAUCCUCUGUUUCUCUUCAAAAAACACUCUUAUAAGGGUUGGAAUAGAUCUGGUAGUCUUCCUUGAACACAGUGCGACUCGUUAUCAGUAUACGAUGAUAAUCACCCUGCUGCUUAGAGGUAAAUUCCAUCUGUUUACUAUGGCACUUCCCUAGUACAUAAACUGCAGAAGGACACUGUGCUGGUAGUUUGUCCUUCGAUCUGUUGAAUUCUAUUAUCUUUCAGUUAAUGGAAACAUGUGCUUUGUUGUGAAGUUGGGGGUGGGGGGAACAAGAACAAACUGUGCAAAUAGAUAGUUUGGUUGGAACUUAAACCUGAAAAGAAAUGCUGCUUCAUGUGGAUGUGUUCUCAGCACUGGGAUGCAAAGGGAUAUUUCCUCCUGUUCUGCAUAAGAAGAGGUUUCACAACCUGGUUCCACCCUCUAAGGCCACUAACGCAAAGCAGGUGCCUCUGCCUUGUGGGCAAAGAGUAUUCCUGGUGUCACGGUGGGACUAGCAGAAGCUGUGAGGAGGUUCUGCACAAUGACAUUAAUCGUGAAUGAGCAAAGAGUAAGUAAGGCUUUUAUGACAAGUCAGAAAUAGUGAAGUAUUGACAUUUUGGAGUCCAAAUUUCAGGCAAAGUGGUGGGCUUUGUUAUACAGAGUCCAACAGAAGGUGAAGUCAGUAAAUGUGAAUUUUAAAGAAGAAUUCUGUUAGUUAAACUUGCUUGGGACAGAUGACUUAGAAUUUAAUGUGUUUUGUUUCUGUAAUCAUCUCUUAAGGCCCAGGAAACUGUCAGAAUUCAGACAGCGAUAUUAACUUGAUCUUCACAGAGCUCUUGGACAAGACACGUUUAGUGUUCCAUCACAGAGGGAGGAGUAGAAAAAUUAGAUGGCUGGGCUUCAUGUACCAUUUCCAGGGAAGCAGAAGAACACAUAAGGCAGGAAGUGAAAAUAAUGAAUAAAUGAUCAUUUUCAAACACAAGAGUGAAUGGCAGAAAUUGUAUUAUCUGUCUCCCUCUGAUCAGAUUCUGGGUAAAAAACCUGAAAGAAAAAACAUCUGCUCUACUCCUAAAUUCUAUUUAAGUUCUAAUUCAUGUCCUUAGAAUGAUAAACUACCACAACAAAUCAACAAGAAAGGUAAGAUGGUGCGGGUUUGCGUGGAUGUUGUAGGGGUUUACUCUGGUGUCAUUUUUAGGUGCAUAGUGUGAAACAAUGCACAGGAAUUAGUCUGGGAGCAGGGCAAGAAGCUGCCUUGGACACUUGUGAGGGAACAAGAGAUGGUCUGGUCUGGUCCUUUCCAUACAUUAAGGGCAUUACCACUCAAAUCUCGUGCGACAUAUGAGAGUGUCUGGUCUGCAGAAAGUACACUGGACACCUCGGUGGUUAGACAGUCCAUUAGAUGUUUCAUACAAGCAGUUUGUGUUACAAGCCCUGAUUUUACAGGAAGUUCAUGCUGUAACUGGAUAUGAUACACAAAACUGCCCUUUCUCAUUCUCAGGAUAAGGUAAUGAUUUGUUUGUUUCUUUGUCAGCAGUUUUUGUUUAAUAUUCCUACACAGUUGAAAAGCUGGGACUAAUAUUAGAGACUUGGGUUUUGGCACUGAAACAGAUAUAGCUAAAUAUCAACUGUUUCCCUGUCUGCAGCCAAAGAAAACAGGGCAAAAGAAGUAUGAAAAGUUUUGUAUCCUGUCUAGAUGUGUUCUCUGCUUUCAGAAAGACAAUAAUCACUCUGAGUAGAUAUUUCUCUGUCCUAGAUCAUAGAUGUAUUAGUAGUGGGAAAGAAUUUUUUAGUAAAACCUGGAAUCUGAUCUAUUAUAAUAGUUCUUUGCUGGUAUAAACUUCUGUGUGAGUCAGUCAUGUGAGACACGCGAUGAGAGAAAUUUCCAAAGGUGCCAAAAAAGAUGCAGGUUAUUAUAGAGAAGUUUGGGGUGUAUUUGCUGAAGUGAAGGCAGCACAAAUCACCUUACUCAUCUGCUCUUGCGCAAGUAUUAGAAUGGUGACUGUGAAUCUUUAUUACUCCACUGCCGUUUUGUGAAGUGUUUCUUUGUCAGGUUUAACAAAGUACCCGCCCUCUGCACUUCACACACCUAAACCUCCAUGUUUCAUACAAUACUCUGCAGAUGGCUUGUUCCAGAUCACUCCAAGGAACCGUAGCCACAUCUGUGUUCAUAAUUUAUCAUAAAGGUGCUAUGCAAUGGCUUUAAAAAAGCAAAUCCAAACCUACUUUAUGCCCUGCUUGUGAGUCCUCACUUUAAUUAUAUGUGCCUGACUUGAUCUCUUUAAGAUUUCAGAUCCAGUAUGCUAGCCUGUUAAGCAAUGGAGAAUUAACAUAAGUACAUGGGAAAAAGGUGCAUUGAAAGACAUAGAUUUAUUACUUUAUAGUGAAAUACUUUGAAAUGCCUCUCAAAUGUAUCAUUAACAGUCACUUAAAGUUUCUUUCAUAAUGCAAUAAUACAGUAACAUAAUAAAAGAAAGUAUACUGUAAUUUUUAUAUAAGUUAUAUAUUUGUGAAAAAUCCAAUGUCUUAAAGAAAUAGGUCACAUGAUAUUUUGUAAUAUAUAAAUAGUUUUAAUGCAUGUUUUUUAUUUAUGGUCGAUCGUAUUAAUAUAUAGAAAUUUGGAACUUGUUGAUUUUUUUAUUAUUUACAUAAACCUGAUUGUGAUACUUUAUUUUGUCAUAUUAUUGUGAAGCACCUGAAAAUAAAGGGUGAUAAGAUACUUUUUUAAAAUUAA